GGCGCGGCCUUCCUUCUGAUAGUUGAAGCGGCUUAAGUACCUUUCCUCUCGGCUACGUCGGCACUGCCACUUCAUCUGAGUCUGGAUCUAGGCUUCUCCGUAUCUCUCGGCGUUUGUUGAUUUUCUCAAUCUAAGAUGCAGGCCAGUGAUAGGUUUAAUAUUAACUCCCAGCUUGAGCAUCUGCAAGCAAAAUAUGUUGGAACUGGUCAUGCUGACUUGAAUAGAUUUGAAUGGGCAGUGAAUAUCCAGCGUGAUAGCUAUGCAUCAUAUGUUGGCCACUACCCCUUACUGGCGUAUUUUGCUAUUGCUGAAAACGAAUCAAUUGGAAGAGAGCGCUACAAUUUUAUGCAGUACCAAUACUUAGUGCUGGCAGCCAUAGGUGGUGGAUUUGAUAUAGAAAAGGGGGAUCAGGAAAAUGCUUUUGCCUUGCGGUCUCCCCCCUGAAAGAGAGGACGAUUGAUUGUGUUGUUUGGCAGACGCUGAAGCAGGAUCUUUGCAGGCUUUUGUGUACCUCCUAUGUGCUUUGAUGUGCAAUAUGUGACUUGUGGAGAAUUUUAAUAUUGCAAUUGGAACAACGGAGCUAUAGCAGCAUAGGAUAUUUCCAUCUGGUUUUAAGGGCAGACCUGUCAAAGACCCUUGUACUACUUUGUUUGAUGAACAUUGAUACGAGUUCUCAAACCCAGCUAGGUUCUUAUCUAUUUGAUCGAGUAGGUAUUAUAUAUUACCUUAUUAAUUGACGAUUUUUUUUUUUUU